CUCUGGCUAGGUGAUUGCAUUGGUUGUAAUAGGCUUGUUGAAGUAUUGUAGUUUCUUUGAGGAAGAAAACAGAAUGAGCUUUGAAUUUGAGAAUCAAAGUUUACAAGAAAAUGUAUCUGAAGCACGUGACGGGUCACAGAAGGUUAAUAAGGUUUCUUACACGAGAGAGUUUCUUUUAUCCUUGAGUCAGUUGGAAAUAUGCAAAAACUUGCCAACAGGAUUUGAUCGGUCAAUUUUAGGUGAGUUCGAGGACACAACACAACAAAGAGUCUCGGGUCCUGGCCCGUUGCUAGGUUCUAGGCGUGGGGAUUACGGUUCAUCACCACCAACCAGAGGCGAAAGUAAUCACCCUAGAGGAAUAUAUGGAAAGUGGGGCAGUCGUUCUUCUGGACAAAGUGAUAAAGACAGUGACUCUCAGUCUGAUAGAGAAUCAGAGUCGAGCAGGCUUCAAGGAAACCCUUCUCGUCGCCCUUGGCAAAGUGCUGAUCAUGAUGGGCUUCUCGGAAGUGGUUCUUUCCCAAGACCAUCUGGAUAUGCAGCUGGAAUGAUUGCUUCAAAGGUUCAAGGAAAUGAUCACUUUCAGCUCAAAAAGAGUAAUGAGCCGUAUCAUCCUCCUCGUCCUUACAAGGCGGUUCCUCACACUCGAAGAGAAAUUAGUGAUUCAAUCAAUGACGAAACUUUUGGUUCUGCUGAUUGUACGAGUGAGGAUAGGGCAGAAGAGGAACGAAAGCGCAGAGCUUCCUUUGAGUUGAUGAGGAAGGAACAACAGAAAGUUCUACAAGAGAAGCAGAAAAUGCAUGUAGAUAAGCAAAAAGAUGACUUUUUUACAGCUGAUGCUGCAUCACUUGAACAAACCACAGUUGGCAGAGCUUUAAAGCAAGACAGUGAAUCGGAUGGCUCUGGAAGUCAACUUCUAUCAAAUACCGGCUCUGGCAAUAAUCCUGUUUCUUCCCAUACUUCUGCACCCAGACCACUUGUACCUCCUGGUUUUGCGAGCACAAUUUCAGAGAAAAUUUCUGGACCAAAAUUUACUCUUUCUACACAAGAGACUAGUAAGCAGGAGAUCGAGGAGAAUAUUUUGCUUGCGAAAGCCAAACAUGUGCAAAAAGGAAUUCCAGGUAAACAAGAAGAGAUUCUAUCAAUACAUGAGCUGGUCAUAAAUGAGAAACAGCCUAAGGAUGACAAUGUUGAAGCUUUAUUUGCUACCAAGGCUGACCCAAUGGUCAAUCCAUUAUCUGGUUUGGAAGUUACAAAUCAUGUACAUGGUAAUACUAGUAUUUUGAAAACCGGCAAAGUUUUGAAUGAUGGCAAAAUGGUUCAUUCAAAUACCAAGAAGUUGAUAAUGAAUACUACUGCUAGUGAUUCCAAUGAGGAUAAAUCAAGGUCAAUCCUGGACAAGCUAUUUGGUAGUUCCCUAACAGUUAACACUUCAGCAAAUCUGAAAGAGCUUAAUGAUGGUAAGUCUGAUGUGAAGCAGAGCCCUAACAUGGCCGGGUCUUCCAAAUUCUCUCACUGGUUUUCUGAAGAAGAAAAUAAGCCGCCAGAAAAUCAUACAUCUGUUGGCCCAGACAACUUGCUUUCACUGAUUGCGGGUGGCGGGAAAGCUGGAGUACCGGCAUCUGAUGUAGAAUCUACACAAGUCAUUCCACCAGAACUUAUCCAGAAAAGUUCAGAAUUUGGAAACAGACUCCCAUAUAAUAGCAUGUCUUCUGCCACAACUGGAAUAUUUGAGCAGUCGUGCAAUUAUAAAAAUACUGACACCAUUCCUGCAGUCCUUACAUGUGAGGAUCUUGAAGGGAAGAUUCUCUCUGAGUAUAGUGAGAGAAGCUCGAUUUUGCAGCCACCUGUAUAUGUAAACAGUGCCAUUGAUACUCCAGAGAUGCAAGCAAAACCCAGUGUAGACAAUCAUGCUUCUGUGCAUAUACUUUCACUGUUACAAAAAGGAGCAAACCUGAAAGAUUUGACCCCAUCCCCUGUUGCGGAGAUUGGAUUAUCUGGCCAAUUACUUAAUAGUGAAGUUCAUAAUACUGUUACUGAGAUUGACAAGUCAAGAGCGGCGGAUGCAGAGCCUCUUCAAGAUACCAGGAAAAAUAAUACACUUGAAGCGCUUUUUGGAACUGCUUUUAUGAAGGAGCUGCAGUCAGUUGAAGCACCAGUUUCCGUGCACAGAAGCUUAGCUGGGGCUGUGAAAUCUGAUUAUAUUGAGCCUCAUGGUCUGUCUUUUCAUGUUGGAAAUGACGGAUCGGGUCCUGCUAAUGAAAUUGAGUCCAACCGGUCAAAUGUCGAGAACAGAAGGUUGACCCCAAAUCCAGAUAAAACCAUGCCGGUGGAAAUCGAGAGCUGGUUAGGAUAUACAGAUCCUCAGAUUAAUUUAGAAUCCUUAAAAAUGCAAAAUGAGGGCAGAGCUAAGCAUGGAUUGCAUGGGGUACGUCAGAGUCAGCUACCUGAAGAGCAGAAUUUACUUGUCGGUGAUCCGCUGAACCCGAGUAAAUCAAGAUAUAUUCCUGACGGGGGAAUGAAAAUCAGUGAGGUUUUAUCCAGCACCUCAUCUGAUAUUGCAAAGAAAUUGGCAGCUCUUAAUGCUGGUCACAGAGACGAAAGGUCUCUCAGAGCUCAAGAAGGUCCUAACUUUAACCGUGGUCCUAAUGACCAAUAUCAGAAUCUUUAUGCCAAAGCAUCUCCGCCACAAUUUCAUUCUCCACAAAUGAAUUAUGGAAGACCAUUAUUCAAUCCUACAGAUUAUCAUUCGGCUCACAUGUCAUCCCAGAUGAAAUAUAUGGCUCCAGAAAGUAUCAACCAUGAUGGUCGCAUUAAUAAUCACUUCCCUGUAAAUAUGAUUCGUCCUCCCGUACAUCACCACAACACUGCUCCAACAGAAUUUGAUCUUCCGGUACAUCUUCAAAUGCUACAGCAGAUGCAAGUGCCACAAAAUUUUCCGCCACCAAGUGUACCACAGGAAUACCCCAGAGGUGGACAACUACCUCCCCACCUCAGCAACCAGCAGAAUAUGUUUCUGCAGGAACGAAACCUGAUGCAAGGAAUUUCCUAUGGUCAACGACAACCAAGCAUUAGUGGUCUAGGGAUGCCACCGCCUGCGCCUGAUGUCUCCGUUGGAAGCAAUCGCCUUGACGCACUUCAAAGACUAGUUGGUAUUGAAAAUGGAGCAAACCUAAAACAGAUGCAGAAUUAUGGCAUUAAUCGUCAGGGAAUGUAUAAUCAUGAGCUGGAUAUGAGUUCUCCCUAUAGAUAGUUAUCAUGAUUGUGGCUAAUGCUAUACUUGACUGUAGAUUACAACUCCCAACAUUUGUUUUAAAUGCCUGUGGAGGAAUGGUGCAACUGAUAAGAUUCUGAUUAACAGUAGAAUUCCGUGUGGUUUUUCUCA